AUGGCGGGCAAGAAGAAGGCGAAGAAGAAGGAGGGCGGGGGAGAGAAGAAGGAGAAGAAAGAGAAGAAGGGCGGGAAGAAGGCGAAGAAGCCAAAGGAAGAGACCCCCGAGGAGAUCGCCGCGCGCGAGGAAGCCGAGGCGGAGGCGCUCAGGAUCGAGCAAGAGCGCAUCGCCGCGGAGGAGGCGGAGCGAGCGCGAAUCGAAGCGGAGAACAAAGCGAUAUCGGACCUGGAGUACGAGAGAAUAGCCGCCGCGGACGCGAUCAAGGCUGCCGAGCUCGCGGAAGUGACGCCGUUCCUGGACGAGCGACGCGCGGCGCUCGAGGCGCACAGAGCGGAGGUGAAGGAUGCGUACGAGUGGGAGCGACACCUCGCGACGAGCGCGCUGCCGGACCCGCAACGGGAGAAGGAGAUUAACACGUACGAGAUGGCGAUAACGGACGAGGAGACGCGGUUACUAGGCCCCGCGUUAGAGCUCGCGGUGGACAACGAGAAGAUCGUCAACGAGGGCGACACGUACAGGUAUUGGGCGAUCGCGGAGGGAAGGGACGCGUUCGCGGAUGCCGUCGGCGGGUUUCAAAAACGCAUCCGCGCGCUGACCGACGUCGUGAUCGAUAGAUCCACCGCGGGGAUCAUGCACACCGCGGACGAGUACCAGGACGAAAACGGGGAGAUCAUCGUGUUCGACUCGAGAGAGGGGUUCAAGUACGUCCUGUGGCUGAACCACGUGAAGAACCCGCGGUUUAAACUCGUCGACGUCCCAGAGUUACGCGUCAGCGUGGAGCUCCCGAAACCGUUGACGUUAGCCACGGUCGCGGUGAGGGUGAUCCACCGAGCGUACGACACCUUGAGCCCAGGUUGCAACAACGAGUUGACGUCCGUCGGCGGCGUGUGCACGGUCGACUUACUCACGCUCCCGCCGUUGCCAAAGGUUGUGCAAGGGACGACGCUGCGAACGAUGUCCCCGCUCGCCGUGGACGUCGAACGGCUGCCGUAUCCGAUACCCGUCGCCGGCGCGGAGACCACCGAAGUCGACAUGGCGGACGUCCCGCCGUUGAUGCUGUCGUACGAGAUUCCGGACGAUAUCGUGCUCGUGGACGAGACGCCGUCCGUGGCGUGGUGGGACGACGAUUCGAGCGAGUGGAAGACGGAUGGAAUAACCGACGUCUCGUUGAAGGACAGAACGUUGACGUACUCGACCGUGAAGGUGACGCACCACGCGCUCGUGCAGAGCCGCGUCGCGUGCGCGCCGUACACGCGAUGGAGCACGCGGCCGAGCUCUACGGGGGAGUCCGUGAUCGUGUCCGUGACGCCGAAGCACGAGAGGUUCGGGGGGCGGCCGAUCGAGAUCGAAGUCGGCGAAGGCGUCUGCGCGCUCGCGAGCGACGCGGAGCCCGCGCUGCGUUCGCUUCUCGGGGUGAAGCUCGCGCCGAGAAAACUACUCGCGCGUCUGUCCAAGUGCGGCGUGCACCUCGCGCUGGAGGACAAGGACUGCGCGUACGUCGGCAUCGAGAAGAAGGACGCGGCGUUGGAAGCGGCGAUGUGCGAAGACGUCGCGCUGUUGUCGCCGUCGUUUAUGUUCGCGUCUUCGCGGUUCAACCGAACGAUCGGGUCGAGGGAUUGCAUGGUGCGCAUCGCGGAGGUGACGGACUUUGACCUGACGCUCGCGGAGGACGCGGACAAGGUGUUCACGCGCGAGCGCGAGGCCGUGCACGUGAUGCUGACGCAAUCGAGAGGGUGCACGCUCGUGGACGCGAAGGAUAAAAUAGCCGAAGUACCCGGCGAUUUGACUUUGCUCAUGAACGACGGCAGGGACGAGAACGUCGGGCAUCUCGCGGUCGCGGCGAGGGCGGAAGGCAGGGAGACUCCGUUGGAGCCGUUGAAGUUCAGCCCGACGGCGCUGACGCUGUUGAAGGGCGUCGCGUCCGAGAGCGGGUUGGACCGCGCGGCGAAGGCGAAGGCGGCGUUGACGGAGUCGGUGCGGCAGACGCUGCUCUCCCUUCGCGUGUUCACGUUCGCGUGAGAGCGUUUUCCGGUCGGGUCGUUUUCCUUAGCGCGUGAAUACGAUGUAAACGCUUAGAGCGCUGCGCG